CGUGUCAUUUAAACAGGGAAGAAGGAAACUGUCUUAAAGAAAUACCUCUGUAGUCUUUAUUGUUACAUCUCAGUCUGUUACAUCCGUUUAGCCUUUAAAUCCCAGUGUUUUUGUUCCGUUUAGUAAAGAACACGAUAUCAGGCUGUUAUUGCAGUCGCCGAGGCUGAGCCCUGUUAAAUAAGGGAUUGUGCUAAUAACAUUAUGAGAGAGCACAUACUACAGUCCCUGCACACAGUGACAAGAUGAGCCUUCCGCUCUCACGUUCAGAAGUGUUUGGGCAGUUGAGGAAAGAACUGCAUGAUGAUACCGCAUUUCACCAGUCAGAUGUGCAUAUCUUCAUCAUCAUGGGCGCUUCGGGAGAUCUGGCCAAAAAGAAAAUCUAUCCAACUUUGUGGUGGUUAUUCAGAGAUGGUCUUCUCCCUGAACAGACAUAUUUUGUGGGUUUUGCUCGCUCAGAUCUGACUGUGGAUGCCAUACGCAUAGCCUGCAUGCCCUACAUGAAGGUAGUAGACAAUGAGGCAGAGCGUCUUGCUGCUUUCUUCAGCCGAAACUCUUACAUCAGUGGGAAGUAUGUGGAAGAAUCCUCUUUCUCUGACCUGAACACACACCUACUGUCUCUGCCUGGAGGUGCUGAGGCCAACCGGCUCUUCUACCUGGCCCUGCCACCCAGCGUCUACCAUGAUGUCACCAAAAAUAUCAAACAUCAGUGCAUGAGCACCAAAGGCUGGAACAGGGUGAUUGUGGAGAAGCCGUUUGGCCGUGAUCUGCAGAGCUCAGAGGAGUUAUCCAGUCAUCUAUCCUCUCUCUUCACUGAGGAGCAAAUCUACCGUAUAGACCAUUACCUGGGCAAAGAGAUGGUGCAGAACCUGAUGGUCCUCAGGUUUGGAAAUAGGAUUUUUGGUCCCAUAUGGAACCGAGACAGCGUGGCGUGUGUGGUUCUGACCUUUAAAGAGCCGUUUGGUACCCAGGGCCGCGGAGGAUAUUUUGACGAUUUUGGUAUCAUUCGUGAUGUGAUGCAGAACCACCUGCUUCAGAUGCUGAGUCUGGUGGCGAUGGAGAAGCCUGCUUCCACCAGCUCUGAUGAUGUGCGGGAUGAGAAGGUGAAAGUGCUGAAGUGCAUUGAGCCGGUCACUCUCUCAGAUGUGGUUCUGGGUCAGUAUGUUGGAGACCCAGAGGGAGAAGGGGAGGCAAAACUGGGGUAUCUAGAUGACAAAACGGUCCCGAAAGGCUCCACUCAGGCUACAUUUGCCACAGCAGUGCUUUAUGUAAAGAACGAACGCUGGGAUGGCGUCCCGUUUAUUCUCCGGUGUGGAAAGGCUCUGAAUGAGAGGAAAGCGGAGGUGCGUCUGCAGUUCACUGAUGUUCCUGGAGACAUCUUUAGCUCUCAGUGCCGGAGAAAUGAGCUGGUGGUCCGUGUGCAGCCCAAUGAGGCCAUCUACGCCAAGAUGAUGAGCAAGAAACCUGGAGUCUAUUUUAGCCCUGAGGAGACCGAGCUGGACCUGACCUACCAUAGCAGAUACAGGGAUGUAAAGCUGCCUGAUGCUUAUGAACGUCUGAUUUUGGACGUCUUUUGUGGCAGUCAGAUGCAUUUUGUACGCAGUGAUGAGUUGAGGGAAGCCUGGAGGAUCUUCACUCCUCUCCUUCAUCAGAUAGAGUCUGAGAAAACACCACCCAUCAAAUACAAAUACGGGAGUCGUGGUCCCGCUGAGGCUGAUGAGCUGGUGCAGAAAGUGGGCUUCCGCUACGAGGGAACAUACAAAUGGGUGAAUCCACACAAACUGUGAAAGCAGCAGAUGCGGAAGCUGAAGCCUGUUUAAAAACAAAAAAUCAGCAGUCGAGUGCCUGAAACGAGCACUUUAAACAAACUAAAUAUUGAAAAUUCGUUCUGUUUAAGCACUGCAUUUACAGAAAGACCAACGUGAUUGGAAAACCUUUUUUUUUUUAGCAUGUUAUGAAUCAUACCAGCUCCUUGUGGUAUAUGAUUUAGAACAGUGUUUGUUAACCAAGUUCCUAGAGGACCACCAGCUCUGCACAUUUUCCAUGUCGUUUUAACUAAACACACCUGAUUAAGAUGAUCAGCUCAUUAGCAGAGACUGAAAGACCUGUAACGGUUGUGACAGACAAAGGAGACAUCCAAAACAUGCAUUGUUGGUGGUCCUCAGGCAACGUGGUUGAGAAACACUGCUUUAAAAUAUCUUAUUAUUAUUUCAUUUUAUAUUUUAUUGUACAUUAUUAUUUUUGCUGGUGCAGUUAAAGAGGCUGUUCACCCAAAAGUGAAAACUCUGUCAUCUUUUACGUGUUUCAAUCCUGCGAGUAUCUUUCUUCUGUUGAACACUAAAGAAGAUAUUUUGAAGAAUGUUGGAAAGCUGUAACCAUUAAACUUCUAUUGAUUUGUAUGGAAGACUACAACUUUCUUCAAAACAUCUUCUUUUGUAUUUAACAGCAGAAAGAAUCUCCUAACAGUUUGGAAGAACCUGCGGGUGUGUAAAUUGUAAGUAUAUUUUUGGGUGAACCUUCUCUUUAAGAACUAUUCAGAUGUUAAUGCACUGUCAUUCCCUGUGUUUACAUUCUACUGUCUUUAAGAAACACAAAUCUGUUUCAUUCCUUUUUUUCUCACGCUAAAGUCUUAACAUUAAAUGCUGCUUAUGUUUCAGAAGUGUUUUAUGGGCAGGUGGUGGUUUAAAGUACAGUCUAGUACUGUAGUGAUCCUUGCGUUCAUGUAUUGUUGAAAUGUAUAGAUAAGCUGUACAAAACUACACACAAAAUAAGAAAUUCCAGAAACAAUGGGAUCAAUAGUUGUCCAAGUGAGUCACAAUGAUGUUUAGUCUUACAAAGCAGAUGCAUUACGUGCCACAGCCUCCUGUAAAAAUAGUCCAGCUGAGCUCUGAUGUACAUUGUUACACCAUUAUCAAAAUAUGAGCCAACUUGAGGAUGAUGUAUUUCUGCUUGCUAUCACUUUUGACAUUGGAUAAAGUUUCAUAAAUGAGCUUAAAGUGAUAGUUCGCCUAAAAAUUUUACUUUUCACAAUAUAUUCUAAAAAAUGUUGGAAAAAUUAAAAUUUUGUUUUAUUUUACUUGUUACAAACCUUUAUGAGGUUUUAAACACAAAAUAAGAAAUCUUAAGAAAUGUUGGAAAGCUGUAACCAUUAACUUCCAUUCACUUGUAUGAAAGACUACAGCUUUCUACAAAAUACCAUAUUUUGUGUUUAACAGAAGAAAGAAUCUUCUUAAGGUUUGGAAGCACUUGAGAGUAAGUAAAUAACUAGUAUAUUUUCAUUUUUGGGUGAACUAUCCCUUUAAAUAGUAUUCUGAUAUUAAUGCACAGUCAUUCCCUCUGUCCACAUUCUACUGUCUUUAAGAAACACAAAUCUGUUUCAUUCCUUUUUCUCAAGCAAAAGUCUUAAUCUUAAAUGCUGCUUAUGUUUCAGAAAUGUUUUAUGGGCAGGUGGUGGUUUAAAGUACAGUCUGCUACUGCAGUGACUUUUGCGUUCAUGUAUUUUGUCACAAUUAUGUUUAGUCUUACAAAGCAUAUGCAUUACAUGACGCAUCCUUCUGUAAAAAUAGUCCUGAUGAGCUCUGAUGUACAUUGUUACAUCACUAUCAAACUGUGAGCUAAACUCGGGGAUGUUGUAUUUCUGCUUGCUAUCAUUUUUGACAUUGGAUAAAGCGUCAUAAAAAAACAACUUAAAGGGAUAGUUUAGCUAAAAAUGACGAUUUUCUCACAGUAAAGUGGUUUUAAACUUAUGAAUGUCUUUCUACUGUUGAAUCCAAAACAAAUAAUAUUUUGAAGAAUGUUGGAAAAAACAGCCAUUAACAUCUCUAGAAAAAACAAUGGAAGUGAAUAGCUGUUUUCCUUUGUGUUCAGUUGAAAAAACUUAAGCAAAGGUUGAGUAAAUAAGUGAUUUUUGGGUGACCUAUCCCUUUAAUGUUAUAUGUAUUGAGUGACGGCGAUGUUGCUUUGACAGUCUUGACUGCUUUAUGUUCGUAUUUUUUUAUGCUUUAACAUAAUUUUGUGUAAAAGUUCUGCCUAGUGUAUACUAGUGUUUUCUAUUGUAUUAUAAUAGACACUUUUACAAUAAAGCAUAGUUAAGGUGCCA